GUGUCUUUUGAGGAUGUUGCUGUGAACUUCACAUGGGAGGAGUGGCAGGACCUUGGUGAUGGUCAGAGGACUUUGUACAGGAACGUGAUGCUGGAGACCUACAGCAACCUGGUGUCAUUGGGGUACUCCAUUACCAAACCUGAAGUGAUCUUCAAGUUGGAGCAAGAAGCAGAACAAUGGACAAUAGACUCCCAAAACCCGAGUCUACAAGAUGUUCAGAUAGUCGAAGCUCUAAUUACAAAAAGCCAAGAACGUCAUGAUACAUAUUUGCAGGAUGUUGUAAUUACCAACAACAAUACAUCAACUGAGGAGAAAGUUGAAAUAGAACAAGCAUUUCAUUUGAGCUCAAACCAUAUUUCAAGUUCAAUUAUAAAUAGAGAAAAGUAUUUAGGAAUGAGAUGCAAAAAGUUCAAUGUAUGUUGGAAUGCACUUCUACCUAGAGAGGCUGAUUGGAUGCAUGCUGGAGAGAAAUCUGAUGAGGGUAAUAUAACUGGGAAAUUGUGGAGACAUCGUGAGCAUCUUAAUCAGCAUUCCAAGAUUCAUGCUGAGCAGCAGGCUUUUCAAUAUAGUGGACAAUGGAAAUCCUUCAACACAGAGCCAAUAUUAUUGGAACAGAAGAAAGUGUAUAUGGGAGAGACAUCCUGUAAAUUUGAUUAUGGGAAAGUCUUUCAUAAGUCAGCUGUUCUUGCCCAAGAGAUAAUACCAGUUUCAGAGAAAGCUUUUCAGUUAGACAUAUGUUGGAAAAAGUUCUGUGAAAAUUAUGAACUCACUGAACAGCAGAAAAUACACACAGAAGAGAAACCCUAUAAAUAUAGUAAAUGUGAUAAAUCAUUCAUGAAGAAAUUACCCCUUACAAUCCAUAAGAGAACACAUACAGGAGAGAAGCUAUGUGUGUGUGAUGAAUGUGGGAAAACCUGUCACAAGUCCUCAAACCUCUGCAAGCAUCAGAGAAUUCACACAGGAAAGAAACCAUAUGCAUGUAAAGAAUGUAGAAAAACUUACUCCAGUAAAUCAUGCCUCAGUGUACAUCAGGGAACUCACACAGGUGAGAAACCAUAUGAAUGUAGUCAAUGUGGACUGACCUUUCACAGGAAGUUAAACCUCACCAGACAUCAGAGAAUUCACACAGGUGAGAAACCAUAUCAAUGUAGUGAAUGUGGAAAAACUUUCUACCAGAAAUCAUGCCUCAGUGUACAUAAGAGAAUUCACACAGGUGAGAAACCAUAUGAGUGUAAGAAAUGUAAGAAGGCUUUCAACCGUAAGUCACACCUCAAUGUACAUCAGAGAAUUCACACAGGUGAGAAACCAUAUGAAUGUAAAGAAUGUAGAAAAACUUUCUCUAGUAAAUCACACCUCAAUGUACAUCAGAGAAUUCACACAGGUGAGAAACCAUAUGAAUGUAAAGAAUGUGGAAAAACUUUCUACUCUAAAUCAAACCUCAGUGUACAUCAGAGAAUUCACAUGGCUGAGAAGCCAUAUGUAUGUAGUGAAUGUGGAAAACCCUUUCACAGGAAGUCACACCUCAGCAGGCAUCAGAGAAUUCACACAGGUGAGAAACGAUAUGAGUGUAGUCAAUGUGGAAAAACCUUUCACAGCAAGUCACACCUCACCAGUCAUCAGAGAAUUCACACAGGUGAGAAACGAUAUGAGUGUAGUCAAUGUGGAAAAACCUUUCAUGAGAAGUCAAACCUCAGCAAACAUCAGAGAAUUCACACAGGUAAGAAACCAUAUGAAUAAAAAGAAUGUUCAAAAUUUUUCUGAAGUAAAUCAGACUACAGUGUACAUCACAGUACUCACACAGGUGAGACACCAUAUGAGUAUAAAGAAUGUACAAAAUCU